CGAAGAUCAUCAGUACGAGGUUACGCACUAGUUUGCUGUUAGGAACCUUGGGCAUCGUUCGUAUCACCGAUCUGCUGCCUAAUUUUCAUCUUUUUGAGGAGUAAAUUCGAUUGGAAAAGAUGCGUUCUUGGACCAUCGUGGCCAUAUUGGCCCUCUAUUUAACAGUCGUUAAGUCAGCAGGACCAGUACAGACAGAGGAUGAGGUAGCAGAGCAACACGGUCCCUCCACAUCACAGAAGGAGGCUCUCCGUGAGAAGCAAGCCCAUUUCCUCGAGCGUGCCAAGGAGAUCAAAGCAGAUGACAGCAUGACCGAUGAGGAGAAGCAGAAGGAACUUCACAAGCUGAGGGAACACGCCAUGCUCUACAUGGGCCCCCACGCCAUCCUCCCCCACGCCCUCAUGCAGGAGUCACCCAUCCCAGCCGUGGAGGAGAAGAGACAACAACUAAUCCGAUCGGUCGAAUCCGUGGCCAUCAGCGACCGUGAUUUCGAAGAGAAGAAGCGCGAGCUCGAGAUCAUCCGUGAUCGUUUCAAGGAGGAAAUCAAUGCGAUCCAUCAGCACCUGUCCGACGAAGACAUCAAACAGGUCCGCUCCAGCAUCAAGAAACGCGGCGAUGCCAACGCAUACAGGCAGAUGAUCCAUGAUGGCAUUCGCGGCUCCAUGGAGGCUGAGCCCCGUAAUCGUGCUUUCAACGAAGCCGUCUAUAAGGGCAUGCAGAAGCUGACAGCGGGGUUGAAGAACAAGGAGGCGGGCGACUACCGUAAGCAGAUGACCGGCAAGCGGAUGGCCGACGCCGGCAAGAAGGCGGAGAAGAGGCGAUCGGCCAGGGAGUCCAAAUCCCGCCCAGAUCUUUUCUAAAGAGAUUUCUACGAUUCGCGCUUUCGUGUGAAAACUGCGCUAAAUAGUGUGGCCCUACAAUAUUUGAUUUUCGAUGAAUAUUAUUUUAGGAUUUCAGCCAGGAAAAAACACAUACUUUUUAAUCAUCCGCCCGAGUAUAAUGAGAUUUGUAUAGUAUAAAUGAUUAGUGUAACUAGAGUGAUUAUAUCUACUAUUAUAAUAAAGUCAAGCUGCGUGCGGUCAUUUCGGGUAAAUAUUAACGAUCGCUUCAAACCCUCUAUAAACUUUAUCGGAACAAACACAUACAUAAGUAUAUCAAGUAUUGAAUACAAAUAAUUCCAAAAUGGCUUUCGUGUGACGUGAUAUCGUAUAGUUCUUUUCCUCUUCACCCUCAUGUUUUCAUGCAAUAAUCCAUUUUGAAACUACGUCUAUUUGUAAAACAAAAGAAAAAAACACCAUGAGAGAUUGAACAUAUUUUUUAAAUAAUUUACUUGAAUCUCACAUUUAUAAUAUAAAUAAACUUUAAUUUUAAGUUAAAAACAACAGUUUUGACGAAUAUAUAUAUAUUUCUUAUUGUAUACGAAUUUUACAAAAUGUUCGAUGUUCAAAAUACUUAUGUAGUUCUAAAUAUAUCAGUCUAACCCGAAUAAAUAGUACAUACACAACAAAUCAA